AUGGCGUGCCGUGGAGACCGAUGCUUCUCCAGCUGCGGAUUUCUUCUCCUCCUCUGGUGCUUCGAGGUUUGGAACUUUGCCUGUGCAGUCAGAUCAGAGACUUCAGAAAUGGUUUCCAUAGUGGUGCCUGAUGAUUCAACAGGCCAGAGAGAUGGCAAAGGCUAUAGGCGUCUGCAGGGUUGUCCGCACUGCAUGCCUGGAAAGGAUGUUGAGAUAACUAUUAUGUAUGCAGAUGCUUCUGGUUCUCUAAAAGUGCAUAAAGUAAACUCGAAGGAUUUAUCUGCUUCUUGGAUGUGGAAGAAUAAUAAUGAUGAAAUCCCUGUAAAUCCAAUGGGUGGACUGUGGAAAGAAGGGUCAUUUAAGCCACAAUUAAGUGAAUCGCGAGAGAAGGACCAGCCUUCUGCUGAUCAACAUCAACAAGCUCACUCAAUUAGCUCAGAGAAGCUAAAGCGUUUGGAACUGCGUCAAAAAAGGAAGCAAAAAAGAACUGCAGAGCUGAUUCAACUAAGCAAAGAUGCUGAAUUACGGAUGAAAAUAGCAACCGUGGAUCACUCAUUGCAUUUCAACAACACACUCAGGCGACAUUACAGCAUAUGGAGGAGAGACCAUCGUAACCAUGACCGAGAUUCCACUUUGAAAUUAAUGAAAGAUCAGAUCAUAAUGGCUAAGGUAUAUGCUAGCAUUGCUCGUUCCAUGAAAAAUCUUGAUCUUUUUGGGUACUUGAUGAACCGGAUUAAAGAAAAUCAAAAUGCUAUUAGAGAAGCAAACUCAGAUGCUGAACUGCAAAAAGGUGCUCUUGAAUAUGUAGAAGCAAUGGCUCGGGUUCUAUCAUUUGCAAAAGAGCACUUAUAUGAUUGUUCUUUGGUGGCAAGAAAAUUACGAGCCAUGGCACAGUCCUUGGAGGAAACAAUAAUUGCACAACAGAAGAAAAACCAGUUCUUGAUGCAGUUCACUACAACAAAGAUAAUCCCUACACCCCUACACUGCCUUCCUUUGCAGCUCACUACUGAUUACUUCCAACAAGAUCAUACAAGCAAAGAAUUAGCAGAUAAGGCCAAACUUGAAGAUCCGUCCCUCUACCAUUAUGCAAUCUUCUCUGAUAAUGUUCUUGCCACAGCAGUUGUCGUCAACUCUACCAUACUACAUGUGAAGGAACCAGGAAAACAUAUCUUUCACAUUGUCACAGACAGGAUGAACUUUGCAGCUAUGAAGAUGUGGUUCAUUGCCCAUCCUCCUUUGGAUGCGACAGUACAUGUGGAGAACUUUGAUGAAUUCAAGUGGAUUAAUUCAUCUUACUGUCCAGUUCUUCACCAGAUUAAAUCUGAGAAUCUUAAACAAUACUACUUCAGAGCAGAUCACCCUUCUACUCUUUCUGCUGGGGAUGAAAAUCUCAAGUACAAGAAUCCCAAGUACUUGUCUAUGCUCAACCAUCUAAGGUUCUACAUGCCAGAAAUAUUUCCAAAGCUGGAUAAGAUACUGUUUCUUGAUGAUGAUGUCAUUGUUCAAAAGGAUUUAACACCACUUUGGUCUAUAGAUAUGAAGGGGAUGGUGAAUGGUGCUGUAGAGACCUGCAAGGGGAGCUUUCAUCAGUUCAACGGUUAUCUCAACUUCUCAGACCCAGUGAUCGCUGAUAACUUUGACCCAAAAGGCUGUGGAUGGGCAUUUGGAAUGAACAUCCUUGACUUGAAAGAAUGGAAGAAACGAGAUAUCACAGGAAUAUAUCACUACUGGCAAAACUUGAACAAAGAUCGAAAUCUGUGGAAGCUUGGGACACUGCCUGCAGGUCUGGUAUCAUUUUAUGGCCUGACAUAUGCGCUUGAUCGGAGUUGGCAUGUUCUUGGUUUGGGCUACAAUCCUCAAAUCAGCCCCUCGGACAUUGAGAAGGCAGCUGUCAUUCACUACAAUGGGAAUUAUAAGCCCUGGCUGGAUCUUGCUAUGACCAAGUACAGGCACCACUGGACCAAGUAUGUAAACCUUGACAACCCUUACCUCCGGGUCUGCAACAUUGUCCUCUGAAUCUGGAGUUGUAGAUAGCAAAUCCUUUUAUCAGUUUGUUCAUAUUCUUUCUCAACUUACAGGCUUGCUCUAUGUUGAGCAACACGUGCUGUCAGCUUCACACACUUC